GUGGACCAAUAGAACCCGAGGCCGAGGCCCGCGACGGUUGACCGGGCGGCCGGUUGCUCGCGGGCUCGGGCACGGGCGAGGGUCUCGGGGUCGGCGCGGUUGGCCUGCAGCGGGCGAGCCUGGGCUCCGAGCGGCGCGGUGGUGUGGUUGCCAGGGCUCGCCAUGCCGUCCCGGGUGGAGGACUACGAGGUGCUGCACAGCAUCGGCACCGGCUCCUACGGCCGCUGUCAGAAGAUUCGGAGGAAGAGCGACGGCAAGAUCCUGGUGUGGAAAGAACUUGACUAUGGCUCCAUGACGGAGGUGGAGAAGCAAAUGCUUGUGUCUGAAGUGAACUUGCUUCGGGAGCUGAAACACCCAAACAUCGUCCGUUACUAUGAUCGCAUUAUCGACCGAACCAACACAACCCUGUACAUCGUAAUGGAAUACUGUGAGGGAGGGGACCUGGCUAGUGUCAUUACAAAGGGGACCAAGGAGAGACAAUACUUGGAGGAAGAGUUUGUCCUUCGAGUGAUGACUCAGUUGACGCUGGCCCUGAAAGAGUGUCACAGAAGGAGUGAUGGUGGCCAUACUGUGCUUCACCGGGAUCUGAAGCCCGCCAACGUCUUCCUAGACAGCAAACACAACGUCAAGCUUGGGGACUUUGGACUAGCUAGAAUAUUAAAUCACGACACGAGUUUUGCAAAGACAUUUGUUGGCACACCCUAUUACAUGUCUCCGGAGCAGAUGAGCCGCUUAUCCUACAACGAGAAGUCGGACAUCUGGUCGCUGGGCUGCCUGCUGUAUGAGCUGUGUGCGCUGAUGCCUCCAUUUACAGCUUUCAACCAAAAAGAGUUAGCUGGGAAAAUCCGGGAAGGGAGGUUCAGGCGCAUCCCCUACCGCUACUCUGAUGGCUUGAAUGACCUCAUCACUCGGAUGCUGAAUUUAAAGGACUACCAUCGACCUUCAGUGGAAGAAAUUCUGGAGAGCCCUUUGAUAGCAGACCUGGUUGCAGAAGAGCAGAGGAGAAAUCCAGAGAGGAGAGGACGGCGCUCAGGCGAGCCUUCGAAGCUGCAGGACUCCAGCCCUGUGCUGAGUGAGCUCAAGUUGAAGGAAAGGCAGCUGCAGGAUCGAGAGCGAGCACUCCAAGCUCGGGAGGACAGCCUGGAGCAGAAGGAACGUGAACUUUGUAUUCGAGAGAGACUUGCAGAGGACAAACUGGCCAGAGCCGAGAGUCUGGUGAAGAACUACAGCCUGCUGAAGGAGCACAAGCUCCUGUGUCUGGCUGGUGGCUCAGACCUUGAUCUCCCGUCGGCAGUAAUGAAGAAGAAGGUUCAUUUCCAUGGGGAGAGCAAAGAGAACAGCACACGGGGUGAGAGCUCCGAGAGCCAGCUCGCCAAGUCCAAGUGCAAGGACCUGAAGAAGAGGCUCCACGCCGCCCAGCUGCGGGCUCAGGCCCUGUCGGAUAUCGAGAAGAACUACCAGCUGAAGAGCAGGCAGAUCCUGGGCAUGCGCUAGGCCGGCAAGGCACAGAGCUGGCUCAGGGUUGACGCUGACAACCCACUAGCGAUUGGUCCUCAGCUGCUGUAGUUGUGUGUCUGCUCUUGUGAGCAUGGCACUGGGACUGACUAGUCCACAGGAGGGACACGUCCUCUUCCUAAUAUCCCUGCGUAGAAAGCAUACUGUUUGCUGGUUGGUUACGCUUUUGAUCCUGUGCGAUUACUACUUGGAAUAUGAGAUGGGGCACUAUACAUAAUAUAGAUCUUAGGAAAAAAUGUUAGGGAAAGAAUAUUUGACCUUGAGGACUCACUGUGAAGUUCACACACUGAGCAUGCUGCCUUUACUGCAGUUUCCGAGUGAGGCUUCAGUGGGCACACGACCUCACGGCUAACAGGAUGUGUAUGGCAGGGCCCACAGGGUUGUGUGCCAGAGGUGUACUGGGAGAGACCCAGCCUCUGGCCUGACAGCCUAACACCUGCUUUCUCCUUCCAGGAUGCUCGACGUGCUACUUAAAUUACAGAUGAGACUUGGAGGGAAGGGAACGGGCUGAAGCUUUUACCUAAGAACAUGAUUUUACCUUGGGGAAGUUUGCGCCAGCACAGUGCCCAGGGAGUGCAGACAAGGCCGACUGACACGGGGCAAAGGUCAUUAGAAUUGUCCCUCAGCAUGCCACCGUCCUGCACAACACAGGCAGGCACUGGGGACAGGAGGCUGCUGGGAGCCCUGAGCUCCCUCUCCCCUCCUGCUGUGUGCAGGGCCUGUCCCCAUCUCUCUAUAUCUGAUCUCUAGGUCAGUUGAUGGCAUUAGUUAAGUGCUGUCUGUGUCCUCAAGCAUGAGCUGAAUGGUCAGAAAUGCCUCAGAGUCUAUAUAUUUUAAAUCACACAUGAAGUUCCCCCAAACAUUUAAUGUUGGAGAACUGUCUUCAGAAAGUUGGUCUAUUUAAAGCUACUGGGGAAAAAGCAGGUCUCCUUUGCUAUCCAUCCACAGUCCCUUGAGACGACUUCAGAAAAGAACAGUGCAGCAUUCAUUAUUGAGGGCCAUAUAUGCUUUCCUGUGUGAGGGACAGGUUGCUGUUUGUCUAGUUUCCUGAAGACCUCAGCAGAAAGGGGUUCAUUUACCCUAAUAAGUACUGUUGGCUGAGAGGGAAGGUCAGAAGCAUUUUAAUACCAUCUGUUUUGUGGCUAAACUCAGACUCCUUGCAUUUUAAAAUGCUGUGUCCUUUACUUUCUGGAGCUAUAAUGGCUGGCUUAGGUGUGUCCUUGCCACGGUUGACAUUCCUAAUGCUUUCUGUAAACUGCUGCUGGCACUUGCAGCUGUGGAGCGUCCGAGGGCUUGCUUACUCUUACAGCCCCUGGGAUCUCUUGCAGCUGCAGAUGCACUGCCUGGGAUCUUUCGCAACUUUGACUUUUAGUGGCAGCUUGGGAAGGGAAGGCCUGACAGUCUACCAGGAGGGAAGUCCUAUUAAAAACUGGAAACUCA